AUGGCUGUAGAUUUGGACAGAGGAGUCACACCACUGAAGUUAUUUGAAUUCAAAGAUGAAGUCUUUUCAUUAUUCAUUUUGGCUAGUCUUUCUUCAUCUUAUUCUUGCUUUUUAUCCCAACUUUCUCGCUCUUUAUUUUUCUUUGUUAUUUCUUUUUUUUAUUUUUGCUUUAACUUCUUUUCUUUUUCUUGUUAUAUUUCCUUAAUUCGUCUUUUUAUUUUCUUUUUAUUAAUUUUUUGUUUCUUUCUUUGUUUCUUUUUUGUUUUUUCCCCCACAUUUUCUUCAUUACAUUUAUUCGUUUUAUCUGUUCAUCUUUUGUUUUUUCUUUCCUUUAUAGUGUUUUUGGUGUUUCUUUCUUUUUCUUGUCUUUCUUGCUUGCUUUACAUCUUUAUUAUUUUCGAACCCUUUAUUUUUUUAAUUGUCCAUUUUUGUUCUUUCUUUUCCGUUUUUAUCUUACGUUCUUUUCACCUUUCUUUCUUUCUUUCUUUCUUUCUUUCUUUCUUUUCAGAUAUUUAUUCAUUUUCUUUAGUCAUCUUUCUUUCUUUCUUUCUACAUCUUUAUAUCUUUGAUUUCACAUCUUUUCUUUCUCCUUUUUGCAUCUUUUCUUUCUUGCUUGGUCGUUUACUUUCCAGUUUCUUUUUUUGUUUGUUCGUUUAUUUUUCUGAUCUAUCUUUUUUCUUUGUUUUUCUACAUCUUUUCUUUCUUUUGAUAUGUUUUCUCUUUUCUUUUUUGCUGGCUGAUAUUUUAUUUUUAUUUGUUCGUUCAUUUCUUUUCAAUAUUAACCUUUUCUGUCUUUCUUUCUUUUUUUUUCUUUCUUUCUUUCUUUUUUAUUUCUUUCGUUGUUGCUUCUUUCUUUCUUUCUUUUUUCUUUCUUUCUUUUUCUUUCUUUCUUUAUUUCAUUCUUUCUUUCAUUCCUUUCUUGCGUUAUCGCUUCUUUCUUUCUUUCUUUCUUUCUUUCUUUCUUUCUUUCUUUCUUUCUUUCGUUUCUUUUUUCUUUCUUUCUUUCUUUUUUCUUUCUUUCUUUCUUUCGUUAUCGCUUCUUUCUUUCUUUCUUUCUUUCUUUUUCUUUCUUUCUUUCUUUCUUUCUUUCUUUCUUUCGUUGUUGCUUCUUUCUUUCUUUCUUUCUUUUUUUUCUUUCUUUAUUUCAUUCUUUCUUUCAUUCCUUUCUUGCGUUAUCCUUCUUUCUUUCUUUUCUUUCUUUCUUUUUUCUUUCUUUCUUUCGUUUUUUCUUUCUUUCUUUCUUUUAUUUCUUUUUUUCUUUCUUUUCUUUCUUUUCUUUCUUUCUUUCUUUCGUUAUCCUUCUUUCUUUCUUUCUUUCUUUUUCUUUCUUUCUUUCUUUUUUUUUUUUCUUUCUUUCUUGCGUUAUUUCUUUCUUUUCUUUCUUUCUUUUUCUUUCUUUCUUUCUUUCUUUGUCUUUUUGUUAUCGCUUUUUUUUUCUUUCUUUUUAAAAGAAUUUCUUUCUUUCUUUCUUUCUUUCUUGCGUUAUCCAUUCUUUUCUUUUUCUUUCUUUUCUUUUUCUUUCUUUCUUGCGUUAUCGCUUCUAUCUUUCUUUCUUUUUUUCUUUUUUCUUUCUUUCUUGCGUUAUCGCUUCUUUCUUUUUCUUUCUUUUUUUCUUUCUUUCUUUCUUUCUUUCUUUCUUUCUUUCUUUCUUUCUUUCUGCAUAUUUUCCUUUUUCUUUUGACAUCUUUUCUCCAUUCUUUUACUUUCUUUUCUUUGUCUCUGUUCCUUCUUUAUCUUUGUUCGUUUUUUCUUUCUUUGUUUUUUUCCUUUCUCAUUUUUUUUCAUCUUGUUUUUCUUUCUGUCUUUCUUUUCAUUUUUUUUUACAUUUUUUCUUCUUUUUUUUUAAUUUUUGGUUCAUUUCUUUUUCAUCUACUUUUUUUUUUCUUCUGA